AUGUUUGAAAAAAUUAAACCCGAUGUUGAUGUGUUUAUUGAGAAGAAUCGUAAAGAACGAUGUGAACGUCCGGAUGAUCUGCUACGUGCAAUCAAACAUCUUUGCUUCCGAUUUUCUCCCAAGGACGACCAGGAGCGUUUCGAAGUUCUGGUGCGUCGUGUUAUGUACUCUAUCGAGUCGGCAAAACCUGAGACAUCCUAUUUAGCUUUGGCUUUACGCAAAGCCACGUUGGUCGAGUGGAUUAGAGUAACCAAGUGGAUUUUUUCCACCAUUUUGCACUUCCUGGCCGACUUGGACGUGAGUACUUGUAUUUAA